GUAAGCGCUUACAUACCACUGUUCCUCGUAUAUUAAUAUAUUAUAGCUUACAUAACAAUCCUUAAACCUUCCAAGAAUCAACCAUGGCAUCCCAAGAUCAAAAGCUUCACUUUGUGUUAUUUCCAAUGAUGGCACAAGGUCACAUGAUUCCUAUGAUGGAUAUUGCUAAAAUAUUAGCACAACAUCCCAAUGUUAUCGUUACUAUACUAACAACUCCACAAAAUGCAUCUCGUUUCUCAUCAAUCUUUCAACGUUUUCUUCAAUCUGGCCUACAGAUUCGUUUAAUCCAACUCCGGUUUCCUUCAAAAGAGUCUGGAUUACCAGAAGGUUGUGAGAAUCUUGACAUGCUAACUUCACUUGGCGAAGCAUCAGAGUUCUUCAAUUCAGCAAAAUUUCUACAACAAGAAGCUGAAAAAAUAUUUGAAGAGUUAACACCGCCACCAAGUUGUAUAAUCUCUGAUAUGUGUUUACCAUAUACCAUCCACAUAGCUAGAAACUACGAUAUUCCAAGAAUUUCUUUUGUUGGAGCAGGUUGCUUUUAUCUCUUGUCUAUGCAUCAUUUACAUGUAAGUAAUAUGAUUCCAACCAUGGCUAAUAAUCCAUAUGAGUACUUUGAUUUGCCUGGUUUUUCUGAAAAAUUUCAGAUAAACAUAUCACAAACAGGACUAGGCUUAAAGGGUGAAGCUUGGGAGCAGUUUUGUAAUGAUAUGUAUAAAGCUGAAGCGGGUUCUUAUGGUGUAAUUGUGAACACUUUUGAAGAGUUAGAGUCAGCAUUUUUAAAGGAUUAUAAAAAGGUAAAAAAUGAUAAAGUUUGGUGUAUUGGUCCUGUUUCACUUAGUAACACUGAUAAUCUGGAUAAGGUUCAAAGAGGUCAUAAUGAUAAGAAUGUUUCAGUUGAUGAAUGGAUUCAUCUCAAGUGGCUUGAUUCUCAGAAGCAAGAGAGUGUUAUUUAUGCAUGUCUUGGAAGUUUAUGCAAUUUAACAUUACCUCAAUUGAUAGAGCUUGGUUUAGCAUUAGAAGCAACAAAAAGGCCUUUUAUUUGGGUUAUAAGAGAAGGAAAUCAUUUAGAAGCAGUGGAAAAAUGGAUUGAAAAAAGUGGAUUUGAGGGUAGAAUCUAUGGUAGAGGCCUGAUAAUUAAGGGUUGGGCUCCUCAGUUGUUGAUAUUGCCACAUCCUUCAGUUGGAGGAUUCCUAACACACUGUGGAUGGAAUUCUACAAUAGAGGCAGUAUGUGCUGGUGUACCAAUGAUUACAUGGCCACUCUUUGCAGAUCAAUUUUUUAAUGAAAUUUUAAUUGUGCAAAUAUUAAAAGUUGGUGUGAAAAUUGGAGUGGAGAGUCCAAUGAAAUGGGGUGAGGAAGAGGAAACGAGUGUGUUGGUAAAGAAGGAAGAUAUUGAAAGAGGAAUAGAAAGGUUAAUGGAUGAGACAAGUGAAAGUGAAGAAAGAAGAAAAAGGAUUAGAGAACUUGGUGAGAUGGCUAAAAAGGCAGUAGAAAAAGGAGGAUCUUCUCACUCUAAUGUUACUUUGUUCAUCCAAGAUAUCAUGAAAAAAGGUAAAGAAUUUGGGGAGAAAAUUCAUGGUGCUGAUAUAAAUUCAUAUGGUGUAAUAGCUAACACUUUUGAGGAGUUGGAGAAAGAAUAUGUCAGAGAGAGUUGUCGAAAAGAUAUCAAGCAACAACAAUCAAGCACUAAAAUUUAAGAAUGAAGAGACAUGUUAUUUACUUGUUCUUUUGUUGUCUUUAUUUUUCUUCUUUUUCUACUAUUGCAAGCAUGAAAAUAAGUUAUAAAUUAAUACAUCAAAUUAAUAUUGUUUGAGAUAUAGUCUGAAGUACAAGAAUUUUUAGGAUAAAAACUGUUUUGUAGAGGAAUUAGAAUUGUUAAGUGAUUUGAUAAAGUAGAGCUUGAUGCAGUAGAUUCGAGCUUUUGGUCCGCCAGAGAGGGACUGUUCUGCGAGGUUAUCACUUCAACUCUCAAGUUAGUGAGAGAAUGAGAUAUAGUGUGAGUGAGAAUAAAUUUGAAUAUUUGAAAAUGGCGUUUUUCCCUCUUAAAUAGUGAGAACGGUUCUCAACAGACAGCAUGGAGUAAGGUGUGAAUUGUGGUCAAUUGUUGUCGCGGCGCAAAAAAUACUCGAGUGCAUCGCACGUUUGAAAUACAAACAGAGUUGCCACCGAACCUUAUUUAUUCCAAAAGGAAAUAGAAAAUAUCAAUAAAACCCGCGAGAGAAAGGAUAAGAUGGUCAUCACAACCAAAUUACGAUUCAGGAGUCGGUUAUGCAAGGGGAAGAUAUUAGCUUCCCUCACAUUUGUUGUACUCAACGGGAUCCAUUUAGUUAGUUUCGCGAUCGAAUGUAGGCUUAUGCCUACGUUCUUCUGCUUAUUAUGCGAGAGAUAAAAAGAGAGAGAAAAUAUUUUUGGUUUUUUAUUAUUGGACUUGACAAAACUUUGAAUCUCGCUCCUACGUAUCUCUAGGUGCGAUGGAGAACUCAAGGCUACAUAGCUCUUAGUAGAAAAAAAUUUGGUUUGUUGGUUGAUUUUAUUGAUGAAAAGGGGUCUAAUCGCACUUGGGUGAAAAAUAUUUUUUGUUUGAAAAGGGAUUUGUAUUUGGGCAAGAUUUGUGCUUGGACAAUGAAAGGUUCCACACGUAGGCGAAAAAUGAGUUUGAAUUGUUUUUAAAUUUAUGAAAAGAUGUCAUGAAAUUUAGUUGAUUAUUUUUAAAAGAUUUGGUGUUGACCGAGGUUUUAAUUGUUUUUUAAUUUUAUUGAUGAAAAUGACUUGAAUUUAAUUAUGUAAUUUGAUGAAUAGGC